CCCUUGCUUCUUCUUAUUUAUAAGAUAUCAUUGUUAUUACUACCACAAACCCUUCUUUGCUUUUCUUUUUCCAAUGGAAAAUCCAACUAGCAGCACCAUGCAAGAAUGUAACAAUGAUAAUGUGAUGGUGCCGCAGUCUUAUAGGGGAGUUCGUAAGAGAAAAUGGGGCAAAUGGGUGUCCGAAAUUCGCGAACCGGGGAAGAAAACCAGAAUAUGGCUAGGGAGCUAUGAGCUACCUGAAAUGGCGGCUGCAGCCUACGAUGUGGCGGCAUUGCACCUUAGAGGCCGCUCUGCCAGGCUCAACUUCCCGGAGUUGGUGGAGACUAUGCCCCGGCCCGUGAGUUCAAGGGCCGAGGACGUGCAAGCUGCGGCUCAGCAAGCUGCAUUAAGAUUCAAGAGUACUCCAAUUAUGUCAUUAAAUUAUUCUUCUACGGAGGUAGAUAGUGCCCCUGAUAACAAGGGCACUAUCCUUCCCGUAAGGAUAGGAUUGUCUCCUAGUCAGAUUCAGGCGAUUAAUGAAUCUCCAUUAGACUCGCCAAAAAUGUGGAUGCGAAUGGCUGAAGCAUUCAUGUUUGGCUUCCAUGAUCAUAAUUAUCCUCAUGAUUAUUGUGAUUAUGAUUAUGGUAUGUUGGAGUUGAGUGAAUGGGAAGAAAUUCAGCAUGAAUCUUUAUGGGAUUCAUGAAUCAUGCUUUGGAGAAUUGAAUAAUCAAUUACGAUAAAGCAUCAUCCCUAAAUUUGAUUUGGGUCCCUAUAAUAUAGUAUACUAAAAUUAAUGCAGCAUGCUGCUAAUGUCUAAGUGAGACUAAUUCAAAUGAAGCAAUUGGAUUUAUUAUUUAAUUAUGUCAAUUGCAUCAUGUAUAUCAUAUCAUAUAUAUAAGGUGGUAUGUCCCAUUUGAUUUAUAUCCUUUGCUUAGCUUCUGAGUCAUAAAAUUAACCACCCAAUUAUUAAUUCAUUAAUGGCUGUGCUCCUUUGAUUUUCUCCUUCUUCAACAUUUCAUAAUCAUAUCUUUUCCAGAA